AUGGCGGCCGGCGGCUGCUGCGGUCCGGCAGAAGGGCGCCCGGAGCAGCGGCUUGCGGAGGAGGCGCGAGGAGGUGCGCGGACUGGCGGGGCUCCGGGUAUGGGCGACUGCGGGCGCCCGGGAGGAGCAGCGCCCAGGCUCAGGUCCAGCGCGGCAAAAGGCACGGGUGCGCGAUGCUGGCGAGACUGGACUCCCAGACCGGCGGACAUGGCUCGUGGGGCAGCGCAGCGGAAUCGCCGGGUCACGCGCGCAGGCACGCGAGGCAAAACGGCGGCGUGGAGCUACGGUGGCUCCGGCGCGGGACUCAGGAGCGGCAACGGUGGCUGGCCAUGGCGGGCACUUGCGCGCGGUCAGCAGCGAGAAAAGGAAGGAAUGGAGAGCCACGCACGGCCAAGGAACUCGUGCACGCUCGCGGGGGAAGCGAGCAGCGUGCGGAGGAGCGGGGAGGUGCUUCACAGCUCGGGCGAGCACGCGCGCGGGAGAGAGCCACGGAACACGGGCGCGCCUGGCCACGACGGUGGACCAAGGCAGAGGGGGAAGGAGAGGGAUGGCGUUGUGGGUCUCGGGCGCGGUAGUGGAGCAGGUCGUGGGGCGGCGUGGUGCUGUGCUCGGCGCGGUACCAAGGGAGCGGCGCGUGCUCGGGUGGCGAACCAGCGCAGGCCAGGGACUCGGUGCGCUUGCGCUCUGCGGCCGGGCGACGGUGAACUAGAGCUAGAGCGUCUCCUCACAGCAGCAGAAAAAGGAAGUGUGAGAGAGAGGGAAGCAACGCAAGCAGGAGACAGACAGAGACAGAGACAGUCACGAGAAAUCAGGAGACAGACAGAGACCGGAACAGACAGGGUUGCAGCGGAGAAAAGAAAAGAAAGAGAACAGUCGGUCAAAUGUACAGUGAGAGAGGACAGAGUGGCCUGA